CCUCGCCUACUGAGGCGCUCCCCGGGGGCGGUGGCGGCCCCAGGGUGCCGGGAGUGGCCGCUCCGGGUGGCCACCCGCAGGGGCUGUGGCCAAGCUGGGCGGCGCGGGAGGCCGAGGGAAGCGCCAGGAGGCGAGCAGCGCCUUCGAGGCGGCCAGGCAGACUCCGCACGCUCCAGCGGAGAGCGGCCGAGGGGGAGCGAGCUGAGCCGCCACCGCGCAGUGGCCACCGGGCUCCGCUCUCAGUCAGCCACAGCCACCGCCCGUCUCCGCACGAGGGGCGCCUCAGCCGCCCCAGCGGGAACCUCUUCUAGGGGAAGAGGCCCGGGGGUCGCUGCAAGGACCAGGACAGGACCACUGGGCGGCGGAGGAGCAGCGCCGUGGGGCGGGGCAGCUCCUCCCCGCCACCACCGGAGGUGGGGCCGGGCGGUGCCGUGGGGCAGCGGUGGCAUUUCCGCAGGGUCGUGGUUUCGCCGAGAGGAGCUCGUCUCGUAGCAGUGGCGGACAGACGGACGGUCGGACGGACGGCUGGUCGGCCCGCCCGAAGAUGACAGACGCCUUGCUGCCCCGCCAGGCGGCGGAGCCGACCGGGGACGGCUACUUUCGGAAGGGAUGCAAUCCUCUUGCUGAGACUGGACGAAGCAAAUUGCAAAAUCAAAGAGCUGUUCUAAACCAACAGAUCUUAAGAGCAGUGAGAAUGAGAGCUGGUGCUGAAAAUCUUUUAAGAGCAACCACCAACAACAAAGUACGAGAGCAAGUACUACUGGAACUCAGUUUUGUAAACUCAGACCUGCAGAUCUUAAAGGAAGAAUUGGAAGGACUUAAUAUCUCAGUAGAAGUUUAUCAAAAUGCAGAAGAGACUUUCAGUAUUCCCUUGGUACCUCUUGGCCUAAAGGAAACCAAAGAUGUAGACUUUACACUCCCCCUCAAGGACUUUAUUCUGGAACAUUAUAGUCAAGACAGUUCAGAGUAUGAAGAUGAAAUAGCAGAUCUCAUGGAUCUGAGACAAGCCUGCCGGACUCCUAGCCGAGAUGAAGCUGGCAUUGAGAUGUUGAUAAGCUAUUUCCUGCAACUUGGUUAUGUAGAAAACAGAUUUUUCCCACCCACCAGGCACAUUGGAGUUCUAUUUACAUGGUAUGAUUCCUUCACAGGUGUCCCAGUGUGUCAGCAAAAUCUGUUGCUUGAAAAAGCCAGUGUUUUAUUCAACAUUGGAGCUCUCUACACCCAGAUUGGAACAAGAUGCAAUCGUCAGACCCAGGCUGGACUUGAAAAUGCUGUUGAUGCUUUUCAGAAAGCUGCAGGAGUUCUAAGCUACUUAAAGGAGACCUUUACUCACACACCAAGUUAUGACAUGAGCCCAGCUAUGCUGAAUGUACUGGUGAAAAUGAUGCUUGCACAAGCUCAAGAGUGUGUUUUUGAGCAGAUUGGCCUUUCUGGAAUACGCAAUGAAUUUUUCACACUAGUGAAAAUGACACAGGAAGUUGCCAAGGUGGGAGAGGUUUACAUGCUGGUUAACACUGCAAUGAAUCAGGAACCAGUGAAAGAGAAUAUUCCCUAUUCCUGGUCUAAGCUGGCACAAAUAAAGUCAGACCAUUACAAAGCUCUGGCACAUUACUUCACUGCCACCAUUCUGUGUGACCAUGAGUUGCAGCCUGGUGAUGAUGAAGAUCAGCAGGAGAAAGCCUUGUCCCAGCUGUAUGACUGUGUGCCUGAAGGGCUGAUGGUUCUUGCUGUUUUAAAGGACAAAGUUCAGAGAAAACAAUUAGGGAAAGCGCAUUUACGCAAAGCCAUUGUUUACCACGAAGAGGCUCUCAGGGUCUGUGGGCUCUGCAAAAAGCUUCGCAACAUUGAGGCUCUCCAGGAGGUUCUGACAGCUGCACAUAAACGUUCACUUCUCAAAUAUGCUCAGCAAGAGACAGAAGAUGACUUCCUAAGUCUGCUUCAGGCUCCAGAUAUACUCCCACAAGAGUGCAACUUACUCUAUGGGAAUGCAGAAGACAUACUCCUUAAUUUGUUUAGCCAUGGACGAGGAUAA